AUGAAGCUCAUUCUCUCCACGGGAAAUAUAAUGAAUGGCGGACCGUCGAUCAUACGGCGAUUUACGACAGAGAAAUCCAACGUCGAAUUGAUCAACUCUCUGCGAUCGAACUUCGUCGCAGCACAGCACGUCGAGCCAGGGCAUGCGAAUGGCGCAUCUGAUCCGCAGAAGCACGGGAUACCGCAGAAGAUAUCUUAUACCGAUGACUACUCAUCGUGGACGUCUCAGGAAGAUGAUACGCUCUACAUCCCCGCGAUAGAUUUCUCACAAUCGGGACUUUCGGAGGAACGUGAUCAAUAUGACAUUACAGUGAAGCUAUUCUACCUGCCAGGUAUCCCGGCUUCGCGGAGAUGUGCGCAUACGCGGCAAGCAAUUGACUUGGUAUUGAAGGAACUACAUGUUAACUCUAUCGAUCUCUUGAUUGCCUCCUUCCCGGGUGUAUCGUUCGAUGCUGAUGACGAGGGAGAAGAGGAAAUAACCCCACAGGCUGAAGGUCAGCCGGAUGACUUCGACAGCUUAGUUCAAACAUGGCGAUCGUUGGAAGACCUGCAUGAGAAGGGUAUGAUCUCCCAGAUCGGACUGGCAGAGUUUGGCAGUGACAGACUAGCCAAAUUCCUUCCGCAAACGAAAGUCAAGCCCUCGGUCGAUCAGAUCAAUGUCAAGGACUGCUGCGUUGUGCCCAAGUCCUUGAUCCUGUACGCAAAGCAACAGAACAUCCAGCUACUGACCCAUAAUGACUGCACGGACAUCCUUCCGAGAGGGACCACGAGAGAACUUCUCGGGGCGGGUGAAAGCGGUGCCCAUAUUCUGGCUUCCUCUCCUGAUUCCGGUGACGGUAUCAAAGGUGACAUCGAGCCUCAGUGGGUUGUCAAAUAUACAGCCGUCGUGAAGGACCGCGGAGUCAUUGAGAAUAAGGGAUAUUUUGCACUCGCUGAACCUCUUCAGCACGACGUUCGCUCCCCGAUAGCUCUCCCCGUAGGCUUUCACAACCUCCUCGAAGAAACCCUCGGUCUUGGGAUGUGUGCUGCCAAAUGCCCGCUCCAACACGUAGAGAUCGACAGCCCUAUCUUCAUCUUGAACACUCUGGCCAGCAAGCCCAAAGAUGAGGUUACUCGUCGUCAGGUCACCAUGAAUGACACCAGCCUUAUGCAUGCCACCAAUUGUUCGUCCGAUCUUCCUCAUCAGACCCCGCACACGUUCUGCUUCCUUCUUGUCCGCAACACGCCCGUCCUCUCCUCCCUGGGCUUCCCAGUCCACCGCCAGCACUCCAGGGACAUUGACUCCUUCGCGAACGAGCUUCGCCAAACAUCUAGCUUCCUGCAAGACGCGCUGGCGCGUCAGUCGUUUAUCAAGGAUCGGAUGCCUAUAUGGCUUCGAGGGACGAAUCUUAAGCGCAGCUGGAGUUGA